UUCCACUGCAUAUAUGAACGCAUUCUCGUUCAUACAAGUAUCACCCGUACAGUAACGCACGGGCAAGCCGGCGGGCAAGGUUCGGGGGAGGUGACAAUUGCUGGCCGGUUGGAGGCGGCGGCUAGUGUCAAAAGUCGAUUUGAUAUCUGAUAAGAUGUACUUUGACCAAAAGCAAAUAUUGUUAUCAUUUUGACAGAGAUAGAAUCGUUAGUCGCGACAAGUUUGUCAUUCCAUGAAGAAAGGAAGCAACGUGGAGUGCGUCAUAAGAAAAAAAGACAUUCUUCCUUAUUCUUCCGUAUACCAGCCUCCUUCCCGGCCUUUACAAGCCCAGCGGACGGCACAUGACUUAUUUGAAACUUCCAUUUCUCUUCCAAACUUUUAUUAAUUUUUGAAGGAGUUCAAACAUGAUAUUGCUGUCACCAAGAACAGCACCAAAAUAAGUGAAACAACUACAUGUGACUAUUCAGACUGCAUUCCAAGGAUAAUGUACGCUGGACAUCUCACAAGCUUCCAAAGGUUAUUUGAAGAACUGGACCACCAAGGAUCUGACGGUCUGGCAGUAUCGAACAGAGGUCGAAGUGUAUUCAUCCUCAUAGUCAUACUUGGAACUUGUGUCAUCGAGUUGUACAGAAUCAUUUCAUGACCUUACAACUUUGAGUUGUUUCAUCUCGACCGAAGUCCGCACAAAAUAUCAAAGGAGGUGAUUAAGGACUCCGAAAGUGUGUACGGGUCAUCGUCGACCUCGAACACGAUCUGAUCUUAUUUUGAGCUCGAUUAAGGUGACAAUGACGAGGCGUAGCGUCCCGACGUCGGUGCCCGAGGGCGGCUGGGGUUGGAUCGUUUGCCUGGCCUCUUGCUGGACGAAUGGAGUCGUGUUCGGCGUCAUCAACUCUUUCGGUGUUCUCUACGUGGUCAUGCUCGAGCUCGAAGGGGCCGAUGCUUUCAAGACAUCAUGGAUCGGUGCGGUCUGCGCAGGACUCACAUUCUUCAUGUCCCCUUUCGCCAGUAUCAUCACGGACAAACUCGGUUGCCGACCCGCGGCUGUCAUAGGUAGCGCCCUUGCUCUUGCUGGUGUCCUAGCCAGUUCGUUCGCAACCAAAAUAGAACACAUGUACAUUACGUAUGGAUUUGCUAUGGGUCUAGGCUUUGCCAUCGCCUAUCAACCCUCCCUUUACAUCCUUGGGAUAUACUUUCAGAAGCGCCUAGGUGUCGCAAACGGUCUGGUCACCUUCGGCAGUGCCAUCUUCACCAUUGUCUUACCCAUUGCCAUGAGGGAGAUCCUCAACAACCAUGGACUUGGACCUUGCCUUUGGUUCCAGAGCUCCAUCAUCUUCGUCAUGCUUGUUGGCAGUCUGACCUUUCGACCUCGACCGGAAGCGGUUGAGGUCCUGGACCUGAAGGAGGACUAUACUUCCGUCCAGAGGACAGAUGAUGAUAGUGACCUUCAGGAAAAUAUAGGAUGCUGUAGGAGGCUGUGCAGGAGAUUGAAAUGUAGCAAGUGUUCUUGUAGCAGUAUAAUUGAUGUCAGUAUAUGGAAGGAGAGGAACUACAGGAUAUGGGCCAUAGGGGUCCCGCUAGGACUCUUUGGAUAUUUCGUGCCUUUCUUUCAUUUGGUGAAACAUGUCAAUGACACACUUCCUGAAGCAAGAGCGGAGGUUCUUAUCAUGUGCCUUGGUGCUACAUCGGGACUCGGUCGACUUGUCUCAGGAUUCUUAAGUGACCAUCCAAAGAUCAACCCCGUCUAUAUCCAACAGAUCGCCUUCCUUGUCAUCGGCGUCUCGACAACGCUGAUGCCCGUCAUUCGAAACUUCAUUGGUCUUUGCAUUCUCAUCCUCAUUAUGGGAGUUUUCGAUGGUGCGUUCGUCUCGAUGAUGGGUCCCAUUGCCUUCAAUCUGGUGGGGCCGCAGAGGGCGUCCCAGGCAAUCGGAAGUGUCCUGGGUCUCAUGUCCAUUCCGAUGAUGAUUGGUCCUCCGGUAGCAGGUUUGAUUUACGACAUGACCGGUACUUACACAAUCGCCUUCAUCUGCUCAGGUGUACCUCCCAUCGUCACCGCCUGCAUCCUCUUUCUCCUUCGACCCGACUCGAACGAAAAGGACGUCGACGGCGAGAAGACCGACGCUGCCACAGAGAAAGAGCGAGAGGCAAUGAUGCCCCAGGGGGCAACGUCGGCGAUGGCGACCAAGGAGAUGGAAGCAAUGAUGGGAAAUGACUCCAGGGAUGAGAUAGCUGGGAUAGGUAGGCUUCGAGGAGGGAGCACAGACGAUGCAGGCUUCGAUGACAGACGUGGUUUAGAGGAUGACCGCGGAAGGAGGAGGAGUUAUAGGAGAGAUAUUCUGUCACCAAGCGACACUCGCAUCAUCAUGGAAAAACAUGAUUCGCACAGCAAUGGUAAUCAUCAUCCAAACGGCGUCCGUAGCAACGGAGAAAUCUACAGAUACGCUGGGGUCUUUACAGAGGGGUUCGGCAGCAAAGGCGUUCUAGCCAAUGCGUAUGGGCUGGAAGAGGAGGGGAGUAGAUCGCCGUAUGCGCAGCGGAAUCGAAACCAAAGCAAUCACCAUGGAAACCAGAAUGGGCGUGUCCGCAAGGGUAACAAAUUCGAGAUGAAUGGGAUCGUUCACAGAAUAGACUCUCACACAGAUGAACUUGGGACUAUGAUCAACAUCAUGGACAGGGAAACAACUGUAUAAACUUUUGAAACCAAGGCACUGGUUCUUAACGUUGCUCCUCACUGCCUCAAGUUGUCAUUGACUGACUGUUGCUAUAGUAACAGGUCAAUGACCGGUUCUUUUCAGUAGUCAGAAUCGAGGAUUUCAUUGAAACCUUCAGGGAGUAACGACUUGUUAUAGUGGUGACAUUACUCAUGAAAGGUGAUCUUAUGAAGAUCUUAUUCGCUUCGUUUUCCAUACAGCUUUAUCAUUUUGCCAAAAGUUGUACAUGUAUUUAUGAACAUAGUCACAGAAACUGAGAACUGAGAGAUUUGUAUAUAAGAUAAUAUAUGCAUGUGAAUCGUGAUUAAAAUGUAUAUAUGUAAUCAUGGAGUAUUUUAAUUAGAUUACGACGAUGUGUAUAUUAAAGGGAAUUUAAUUGUAAAUGUAUGCAAGAUGCCUUAGAUUGAUACGAAUACCUCCACUGCGCUUCUGUCGAAAAUAAUGCAAAAAAGGGACUAAGUGUGUGAAAUCGUGAAGCGUCAUCAUUACGUUAGAAGUACCACCGAAUAAAGCAAGCUUGAUAAUUUGCUGCCUCGCAUCUUCAUGGUAUACUGAAGGUUUAGAUGUUAUACAUGGCUUUUGUAGGAACAUCUGGGAUGGAGUAGCAGAAUGACGGGCCGUUCAUGCCAUAAGCCGUCAUUCAUUCACUCACUCGAGUGAGUGAAUGAUUUGUACGUAUUUUACCAUCACUCACUCGG